UUUAUCAACUUUUCAAAAGAGAAGAAAGGCAAGUCCACAAACUAACAGAAGGCUCAGGAGAAGUGCAAAAUAUGUCGACAGACACGGGACCCCCGACAAAGAUGCAGAAAGUAGACGGACCAAUUGAGGUAUCAGAAGGUGAUCAGAGUCAGGAUUUUGAUGCAGAUACACAAAAGGCUUUGGAAGAUAUAGACGCUUGUCAGAACGAUAUUGACAUUCUGAAUGAGAAAGCAAGUGAGGAAAUAUUGAAAGUUGAACAAAAGUACAACAAAUUAAGGAAACCUCAUUUCGAUCAACGAAAUGAACUCAUCAAGAAGAUUCCAAACUUCUGGGUUACUGCAUUUGUCAACCAUCCACAGAUUUCUGCCAUCCUUGAUGAGGAAGAGGAAGAGUGCUUACAUUACCUCAACAUGGUUGAAGUUGAAGAAUUUGAAGAUAUCAAAUCAGGGUACAGGAUAAAUUUCACAUUUUCCACCAAUCCUUAUUUCAACAACAGUAAUCUGUCCAAAGAAUUUCAUCUAGCAACAUCAGGUGACCCAGCAUCAAAGUCAACCAAAGUAGAAUGGAAAGACAACAUGGACCUGACAAAGCGUGCACAGGCACAGAUGCCCAACAGGAAACGGAGACAUGGCUUCUCACGAACAUUUUUCCACUGGUUCCAGGAUAACGCUGACCCAUCAGCAGAUGACAUUGCAGAGGUUAUAAAGGAUGAUAUGUGGCCAAACCCUCUGCAGUACUACCUAGCACCAGACAUUGAAGUUGGGGAGAAUGGAGUAGGUGAUCAUGAUGAUGAAAACGAGGAUUCUGUGGUUGUAUUGGGGGAUGAUGAUGAAGAUGAUGAUGACUUAGAUGAUGAUGAAGAAGUUUACCAGAUUGAUGAUGAUGAUGAAGAUGAAUUAGAUGAAACAAAUGGCUUAGGCGAAACGAUAGAUUCUGUGGAAGAUGAUGAUGACGAUGAUGACGUUGAGGUGCUAGGAGAAGAUGAGGAUGACGAUGACGUAGAAGCAGUGGAACCAGAUGAAGGAGAAACAAAAGGAGAGUGAUGUUAUAAUUGCCAUAGAAACACCACAGUGCUACACCAUGGGAUGUGAAUAUGAUCAGUACAAAGACUUAAAUCAUCAAUCAUGCUGGCAUUGGGGCCUCCAUUUGGUAGGACGGGUGGGGAUGGGAAAUACCAUAUCUUUUUUAGGCAUCAUGAAGAAGGAAUUUUUAACUUCGAUGUUUAAUUUCAUCUAUGAUUGUUUUCUUGAUCACUGCUGUACAACUUUUGCUUUAUGUGUCAAUGAUCGACUUUAGAUAUUGGAUCUUACUUUGCAUGCACUGUGUUCUGUCAAGCUUUCCAACUCAACCCUUCUAAUUUCUUUUUGUAAAUUUAGAUGGAUGUUAUAAUAUAUUGUUGUUAAAUUUAUGGUUUGUUUUACUAGCAGAGCAAUAUAGUAGUUGGAUGAAUUCAACAUUUGCUGUUAAUAUUGUCGCUUGAAAUAACAUUAAAGUUUUUCUUUUUCCAUUAGUGUGUCUCAAAAUCAAGGGAUAAAAUUUUAAUGAAAUUUGACACAUUAACUGCAUCAUUGAUGUUAAAUAUGUUCACAUAACUUAUGAAGUUAAACAUUCAUUCUUUUUGUUCAUAACUGCAAGAUGACAAAUUGAUGUUUUUACGAUCAUCAGCAUAAAAUGUGUAUAUUCCUUGUCAUAUUUCAUCAUUUCCCGAUUUCAUUACAAUUUCAGACAACCAUCAACACUUGGAUUGAGAAUCAUUUAUUUCAAUAUAUAUGACAUUAGACAAAAACACAUCAAGACUGGGUUAAAACCCACAUCAUUUCCUCUAAACAUGUCAUCAAUAACAAGCAAUUGCAAAAAAAUAUUGGUAAAAUUUGUUUUUACUCCUUCUUUGAAAAUUUAACUAAUUUGUCAGAUCGGAAUAACUUGAAAAAUAUUUUGUAAAGUUUUCAUAUGGAUGUUUGUCUUUGUUAAUCUCUAAAACCGAAAUACAUUGCAUUAAGCAUCAAUUUACAUAUGACUUGUUAUCAGUAUCAUAUGUAUAUAUUAUGAAGUAACAUGUAAGGCAGUCUAUUCAUUUCGUAUCUGUAUUGUACAUCCAUUAUAAAGAAUACUAGAACAGCGAUAACUCAGGAAUUUUAUUGGCACUUCGAAAAAUUUGUAUUUAAAAACAAACUGGAAACAUCACACUGCAUCUAUCUGAUAGACUCUUUAUUUUUAGUUGUUGUCAUUUGACAAAGAAAGUUAGAAACAAUGCAUUCUUGCAUAACAUUGUAUGUGUUACCUACUUUGUUUAUGGAAUAAUCACUUAUUUCUGUAUAUUUUCCAGUUUGAUAAGGGGGCUGUGUUAGCUCAGUUUUGUGAGAGCUUAGGCCUGCAUAACCUUGGGUGAUAAGGGGGCUGUGUUAGCUCAGUUUUGUGAGAGUUUAGGCCUGCGUAACCUUGGGUGAUAAGGGGGCUGUGUUAGCUCAGUUUUGUGAGAGCUUAGGCCUGCGUAACCUUGGGUGAUAAGGUGACUGCGUUAGCUCAGUUUUGUGAGAGGUUAGGCCUUCGUAACCUUGGGUGAAGAUCUGAGGUGUGUGGUUCUAUGCUCCCUGUGGUGCUUUGCUCCUUAGCAAGCUGAGAAACAGACUGGGCUGUGCUGUCAUUGUUGUGUUCUUUGGCAAGACAACUUCUCCUAAUUGAUCUGGAUAGAAUGUAAUGGUUCUUCCAUAUGUUGUUCAGUGAGGUAGCAACCAUGCAGCUUCUACAAGAAGAAAUCUCCUGAAAAUGGCCCUGACUGUUUAUGGGGUGGUAAACCCAACAAUUUGAUCUAGCUUUGGAGGAAAUCAGAAAUAUGUUUGUAGCAUAAAAAUUGUUUGAUAACUCGCUAGAAUGAAAUAUCAGAGUUAUCCUGUUCAGACAGUUAUUGUUGUACUUGGUAACAGGUCAUGUUUUUUCUCAGAAACAUUAUCUGUACUGCAAUUUGAUGUUGUGUAGAUUUACAAAGAAUCAUUUUCACUAAAAAGUUUUUUGGAGAGCUUGGGAUAAACUUUAUGCCAUAUUUUGAAGCCCUUCCUUAGAACUGAUUGAAAAUGUUUUUUUCCCCAUUUAUACAUAAGAAUUGUAUAUAGUGCACUGUAUGUGUGGUGAUCAUUAUAUUGUUUGUAUUAAAUUUCAUGUAAUUUUAAACCGUUGUUAAUAUGAAAAACAAUAUCAAUAGAAAUAUGUUGUGUGAACAAUGCAGUUAAAAGAUUGGACCAAUGCUGUGGUUACGAUUCCUGAUCUAGCAUAACCAGUAUGUCAAACAUUAAUCAUCAUCCCCUAUAGUGGUGAUUUUAAUCAUAUAUAUGUAAUUACAUGGUAAGUAUGAUGUGUUUUUCAUUUUCAAAAAGAUUUUUACACAAAAAUCAUGCCAAGUAACAUAUUGGAGUUAUUUUCAUACUCUGACAGGAAUAGUUUGUAUGAGGCUUCAUGAGAAUAAGUUGUACUUUCAGUGUGUGUAAAUUAUGGGAAUUUGGAUAUUUAAAUAUUAACAUGUUCAUAUUCAUUAUUCUAGAACCAGUAAAAACAUCAUCAUUUGGCUUUGGAUUUAUACAAUUAUCAGAGAUCUUUCCCUCCUCCCUCCCUACACCCACAAAAUAUAUGUUAUGAAGUGCCAUACAAGUGUUCCGAGUUUAAUCCUUUGUGUUGCAUUAACUUUGCUAAAUACUGGUUAUGCCUGAUUGUGAAUUGUAACCAUAUACCCUUCUGGUAAGCAUAUUUUUCCUCCAGAUGUUUCUAAGAAAUAAAUAUUUCCUUGUGUGAAAAGUUAAAUACUGAUUGAUCACAAAUUAAUUUGCCAAGGUAGAAUUUUAUUUUCAAAUGAAAAAAAUGUUUUAAUAAAUCAAUUCUGUUAUUGUUCAUCACUGAUAUGUACUAUUUUAUGUUGUUGCAGUGAAAAUCUGAAAUUGAUUUUUGCUAAAAUUUUGGUGGGGGGUGGGGGGAGGGG